AUGAAAGAUGGAGCAAGAGUUUUAGGUCUUUACGGUAUGGGGGGAGUAGGCAAAACUACCCUCUUAGCUAGUAUUAACAAUAAGCUUGUUGAAGAGGUUUAUGACUUUGAUCUUGUUAUUUGGGUUUUGGCCUCUGAAGACUUGCAAUAUGAGGGGAUUCAGGAUCAGAUUUUGAGAAGACUACGUGUUGACGAGGACUGGGAAAAAGAGACAGAAGAGGAGAAAGCUUAUGAGAUAUACAACAUCCUUGACGGAAAGAAGUUUGUGCUGUUGUUGGAUGAUCUCUGGAGCAAAGUAGACCUGAACAAGGUAGGAGUUCCACGUGUGACUCAGCAAAACGGAUCCAAGAUAGUUUUUACUAGUCGGUUUGAGAAAAUCUGCGGAGACAUGGAGGCUGAUGAAGUGAUGGAAGUUGCUCGUUUAUCACCAGAUGAAGCCUGGGAGCUGUUUCAAGAACAACUUGGAGCAUUAACACUAAGGAGCCAUCCGGAGAUACCAACAUUAGCAAGAGUAGUUGCUAGUAUAUGUUACGGUUUGCCACUUGCACUCAACGCCGUUGGCAAAUCCAUGGCAGAUACAAGGGAUGUUCUGGAAUGGAGUCAUGCGAUUGAGGCUCUGGUUUCGUGUAACGAAGAGUUUCUUUUAUGUACGAAAGAACGUGUUUUUCCUCUGCUGAAGUUCAGCUACGAUAGGUUGGAGGAUGAAAAAGCCAAACUAUGCUUCCUUUAUUGUUCUUUGUUUCCGGAAGCUCAUGAAAUAAACAAGGAUGACUUGAUAGAAUAUUGGAAAUGCGAAGGAUUGAUAGAUGGAAGCAGAGGUGAAGAAAAGCAAGGUCGUGAUAUAAUUAACUUGUUAGUGUCUGCACAGCUGUUGAUGAAUUGUCCAGGGAGAGUGAAAAUGCAUGGUUUGGUACGCGAGGUGGCUCUUUUGAUAGCGACUGACUUUGGGAAACAGAACAAUAUACUCUGUGUGAAAUCCGGUUUAUGGUUGGACCAGAUGCCCAAGGACAUCAGUUGGAAGGUUGCAAGAAGGGUUUGUUUAAUGAGCAAUCAAAUUGCAGAGAUAUCUUGCAAUCCAAACUGCCCAAAUCUUUCGACCUUGUUACUGCAGAAGAACAAGUUGGUGGAUAUUUCAGGUGAGUUCUUUAGGUUUAUGCCAGCGCUUGUGGUGUUGGAUCUGUCAGACAACGAGGGUCUAACUGGAUUGCCGGAAGAAAUUUCCAACUUGGUCUCCCUGCAGUACCUGAAUUUAUCAUCCACGGGGAUAAAAUCACUACCAGUUGGUAUGAUGAAGCUGAGGAGUCUAAUCGUCUUGAAUCUGGAUUUUACUUAUGAACUUGAAGGCAUUGUUGGUGUAGUGACAAGUUUAUCAAAUCUUGAAGUGUUGAAAUUCUACUUUUCCGGUGUUUUUAUUGAUGACAGACUGAUGCGAGAGUUACAACUGCUGAAGCACUUGAAGCUUUUACACGUAAACGUAGAGGAUGCUGCGGUUUUGGAAAGCCUACAGAGAGUGGUAACAUUGGCUACUUGUAUUCGAUAUCUAUGUAUCAGGAAGGUGUCAACACCUGUUGUGAUGUUGAACACGGUAGCUCUGGGUGGUCUUCAGAGACUCUCGGUUGUGAGUUGCAAAAUCUCAGAGAUAAAGAUAGACUCACGUACAACGUCUCCAAGCUUCGCGCAGCUAUCCAGUAUCACGAUAAGUGGGUUGGAAGGUCCAAGGGAUUUGACAUGGGUGGCAUAUGCUCAGAAUCUCAGGUAUCUAUAUGUGAUGAGGUCACCAAGCGUACAAGAGGUGAUAGAUGUAGAGAAAGGAAUGCGUAUUAGCAAUGAGCACCCGCGUCUUGGUGCACCGCUUAAAAAGCUGGAACACCUUGAAGUGAGUGGUAUGAACGAACUGAAGAUAAUCUGCCAGAAUCCUCGGGCUCUUCCAAACCUGAGAGAGAUCACCGUCCGAGCCUGCCCGAAGCUGCCUCUGAGUUCGAGACACAUAAUAAAUAAUUAA